AUGUCGAGGCCGAGCAGGAGCGACGCGCACCUGUCCCCGGUGGACGAGGCGGUGAGGGUGGACGAGGUGCGGGGGUACUAUGACGGCGCGGCGCCCAAGCGCCACUCCAAGCCCUCCCGCAGCGACCACUCCGCCGUGUACACCGACGCGCUCGCCGGCCCCGGCGCCGACGGCUCCCACCCCGAGCUCGACAAGUUCCAGGACCUGGAAGCCCACUCCGAGGUCGUGGUGUGCGAGGGCGGGAAGGCGGGCGAGGAGUUCGUGGAGACGGAGUACUACAAGGACCUCGGCUGCGUCGGCAAGCAGCAUCACACGGUCACUGGCACGGGCUUCAUCAAGGUGGACAGGCCCGCCGGCGCCUCGUUCGAGCUCUCCGAGGACCCGGAUGCGACGGAGCGCCAUGCUUCCUCCAAGGGAAACCCCGCCACAAACGAGUGGAUCCCGUCAGCUGACACGGUGUAUCAGGAGGAGUCAGACAAGCCCAACAGAAGCGACAGCUGA